UGUUAAUCCAGCAAUCGGAGUCGCGAGCCCUAACUCUGCGUUGUGGCGCCACCGCAGUCGCGCGUUCUCCCUCUCCGCGCCCUUGCCCGUCGCCCGCGGCCGCCGGUUGCCCGCCGCCGCCUCACCUACGGAAACGGUGGAGGGAACAGGAUCCAGAGGCAGAAAUAUGGGAUCGGGAGAAUGGUUGGAGGAGGCGUUGGUGGAACUCUGCGGGAGGAUUGAAACUGGCUUAGAUUUGGACGGGGAUCUCAUCCGCGGUCUCGUGUCCUUCUGCGAGCUCGCCCCGCCUCAAGACGCCGCCGAUUACCUCACCAAUAUCAUUGGCCUGGAAGCUGGAGAAGAUAUGAUUCAAGAAUACAUGAAAAAGAGGGGGUUUGUUGAUUCUGCUGCCAAAGUUGCAGAGAUAAAAGCAUCAGGGUUUCAAGCCUAUGCGAAGCCACCGGCAGAUGAAGGCAUGGUUGUUGCAGCCAAAAAGCAAUCAAGGCCGUCUAAAGACAUAAAUUCAACAGUGAUUCAUGGCAAUCAAACGGAAAAUGGGUCCAGAGGUGCAUCUAAAGGAAAUUCAAGUGUUCCAAAAAAGAAAAAGGGUGGAAAAACUGUCACCCUUGCUGAGGCAGCAAAGGGGUCUGUUGUUUUCCAGCAAGGAAAGCCCUGUUCUUGUCAAGCUCGACGGCACAAGCUCGUGAGCAACUGUUUAUCUUGUGGCAAGAUCAUAUGUGAACAAGAAGGAGAGGGUCCCUGCAGUUUCUGCGGUGUGCUUGUGUUGAGAGAAGGCAGUACAUAUGCUGGUCUUUCUGACCCCGGAGUUCCUCUUUCUGAAGCUGAAGCUGCAGCAGAAGCAUAUGCAAAAAGGCUUGUAGAUUAUGAUAGGAACACUACAGCAAGGACUAAAGUUAUUGAUGACCAGAGUGACUAUUAUGAGAUCGAAGGAAAUAGCUGGCUCUCCACAGAGGAGAAGCAGCUUUUACAGAAAAAGCAAAAGGAAAUUGAAGAAGCUGCUGAAGCAAGAAAGAGAAAAGUUAUUGUCACAUUUGAUUUGCUAGGCCGCAAGGUAAUCUUGAAUAAGGAAGAAGCUUCAGACACAGAGUACAGUAUAUUAAGACCUGAAGAAAGAGAAUCAAAUCGCAUAAAGCCUAAUCCAACAGUUAGUCUGCAGCCAGUCUUUGUUUCAACAGGCCCUAGAAAAGAUCCAGCCAAAGGAAAGCGAAGAAAGAGAAUGACAAAUGGUUUAUGCCUGGAAAUAAGUGGUAGAGUCCAGCACGAGAACAUGGAGAUGCGCCAGUUUCAUCGAAAUGAUCACAAUGAUCAUGGUCUAUCAGGCGAAGGCUUUUGGCAAGAUAAAGAAGAUACACACGAGUGUUCUCUAGAUUACAACUAAGAGAGAACUUUUUAAGUGGAGCUUCCAUUGUGUUCCAACUCUUCAAUGGUUUCUGUCGAUGCUGUAGAUCGACAUGACCUUGGUAUUGAGAUAAAUGAAACAAGACUGUUGAUACUUCAACAGUGACUGUUUUUUGUUCAAAAAAUAGUAUAUUACAUAAAGAUUGUAUAUUUGUUUUAAUAAAAAGAGAUCCCUGCUCAUCCAAAAGUAAUAAAUGUGACAAUUCAGUA